GCGGUAAAUCGGACAUGACAUCAAACUGUGCAUGUAGGUGUUUUCCGCAUUCAGGGUCGAGCUGAGCGGCCAACUCCAGCUCCACAAGCUCCGGCAGCAGCAGCAGCAGUGCACUCAUCCCGGGUCAUCCUCCCCCGCCAGAGGAGCAGCGAAACACCGCAGCAGAAGCAGCGAGAGACGCCGCUCUUCAUGGGAACAUCUGAGCCGGUGAAGAACACGCUCCGUUUGUGCUUCACAGGCCACCACAGGUGGAUGCAGCGUCACGGUAAUACAUGGUGCAGAACUUGGAGGAUCAUGAACCACUUCAUGUUGGCUGUGAAAUAGCCAGCAGCGCUCCACCACAGGACCAGAGGCAUCGAGGCAAAUCAACAUGGCCGUCUUCAAACCUGACAAUGUGGAAGACUUGUAUGAGAUCGGAGAGGUUCUGGGAAGUGGCCAUUUUGGGGAGGUGCGACGUGUUCGCGAGCGGGCCUCUGGGACGAGUUGGGCCGGCAAGUUCAUGAAGAUCCGUAAGAGCGCGUGCACUCACCUGGGCGUGGAGAGGAGCUGCGUGGAGCAGGAGGUGGAGAUCCUGCACACGCUGCAACACCCGAACAUCGUGGCCCUCAAAGACGUCUUUGAGAGUCGAGCUGAGGUGGUGCUCAUCCUGGAGUUCGUAAACGGAGGGGAACUGUUUGACUUCAUCGCUGACAAGGAGAUGCUGCUGGAGAGCGAGGCCAUUGAGUUCAUGAAGCAGAUCCUGGAGGGACUGGGAUUCAUGCACAGCAAGAACAUCGGCCACUUUGACCUCAAGCCAGAAAACAUCAUGCUGUCAGACAAAGUGUCUCCAAACCCCAACAUCAAACUCAUCGACUUUGGCCUGGCUCACCACUUCCAACAGGACGAGGUGUACAAGAGCUCCAGUGGCACGCCGCAGUACAUCGCCCCUGAGGUGAUCAAAAAAGAACCUCUGAGCACAACAGCAGAUAUGUGGAGCAUCGGAGUUAUUACCUACAUAUUGUUGAGCGGUUUGUCACCGUUCCAAGGUGAGACAAAUGAGGAGACGCUGACCAAUGUCCUUGCCAUGAAAUAUGAGUUUUAUGCCCAGUUUUUCAGCACCACCAGCUCCAUGGCCAAAGACUUUAUCCAGAAACUCUUGGUGGAAAACCCCAAUGACAGGAUGACAGCUGAGGAGAGUCUGCUUCAUCCCUGGAUUAAGCCCAUCACGCGCAAACAGGCGGCCAAGCGCAAUCGAUCCUCGAUCAAUAUGAAGAGCUUUAAGCGCUUCAACGCCAGGAGGAAAUGGAAGAUGUCCUAUAACAUGGUGCGAAUGUGUAACAGGCUGGUGCAGCUGAGGCUGCUGUGUAAGGGCACCGCUGAUGCAGAUCCACUACAGAGACAAUGUGAAAGCGACGUGGAGGACACUGAGAGCAAACCUGCGUCUCUGCUGCGACGACGACUCAGCAGCAGCUCAUAGAGAAGCACGGGUCCACACGUGUGUCCCCCUGAUCCUGGUGAAGGGAAGUGGACAAACAAAUGUUGACCUCCACUCUGUCUGUCUUUUUCUGUCUGUGUGUCUGUGUGUCUGUGUGUGUGUCUGUGAGCAGUUUCAGUCUAAAAGUAAAGGACAGAUUUUUGAUGACAUUUGUACGUUCUUGGUCCAAAGACGACGUGAUUUUGUCGGUGAUCCAUGUUCAGGAUUUUUUAAAGCGAAGACAGCGAGGAGUUUAUGGACACUGUGGGAAAACUGAGCGGCCUUAGACGAAGGUUCCUGCUUUCACCUCGUCUGACGAACUCUUCUCAGAGAAUAAACUGUGUUUGUCCGGAUUGUUACUGCCACUCUGAGAUUACACGAUAUGCACAGAAAAAAAAAAAAAAGAUUGUACCAGACGUGGUUUUAUUAAGUCUUCCAUGACUUUGAUAUUGAUGAGUGUGCAGUACUUACAUCAUUGUCGGUGUCUGUUACGUGUGAAACACAAAAACGCAUGCAGAUAAAGUGUUUUUGGCUAAAACCGUAAAGUCUAUGGAUUAUUUAUGGAUUGAUUCUCGUCAGUUGUGAUCAUUUAUAUGUGAACGGAGAUCUGGGAACAACUUCUAUUUGGACUUUUUUACAAUUUCAUAACAAUGUCUCUAUGGAGAUCUAUAAAUGAAUAAUUAACCCGUCAGCAACUGAACUACCCCAGAAAAUAAUCUGUUACUAGAGAUUAGGAGUGUGUACACACACUUCACGUCUCUUACAGAACAACGGACGCGUUAUGAGUCACCGCGGUAUCACUGUGUUCCCAGAUCUCAUGGAUUACUUCAUAACAAUCAUAAUAACGCAAUGUUCUCAUUUUCUCACGCUGAAAUAUUGUCUUUAGUUAGUGAUUUAACAUGACGUCAGUGAUGUGAGGGACGACUGACGCCAUCAUUUUCUCUUUUUAGUAAAAAAUGUCUCUUUCUCACAAAAGCUCAAAUGAGUGUGAAAUGGAAAGGAAAAAAAAAAUCCCAUCUCAAUCUCAAGGUUAAUGCAGUAGCUGCUUUUUAAGUCUCGCACGACUCCUCGUGACACGUUUGCUCAGUUGCCAUGGAAACCAAGUGCUGCAAUAUGAUUUUGUUUGAGCUCCUCUGGCUACUUCUUCUUCUUUUUAAUAUUAUUAUGAUCAAUGUUAACUGGGACUAAAUCUCAUCUCUAAUCCUCACGAUGAUGAAAUGUGAGGGGAGUUUACAGAAGGUUUUUUUGUUUUGUUUUUUAAAUCACCAAGUGAAGACGAGCACGUUUCUCUGUGUUUGUGUUUGUUUCAGUUCUCUCAUGAUUGACAGUUGAGGACAAAGUUAUUCUGCCUUUGUCAUUGUUUUAAAAGUGUUUCCCCACGUGUUUUUCAAACAUCCUAGUUUUAUUUAGGAUACUUCCAUUAUUUCACUUUGGCACACAGAAAUUUAAUCAUUCCACAAAAAACAACUACUAGGGUGAAAAUGAUUAGCCCCGCCUUUAAAAUCAAGUUCAAACUGAGGAUUCAUCUCCCACGUUAGACACAGUGUAACAUCUUCAGUCUCAAAUGUCCAAACAUCUAUUCUGUUUUAAUGAUUUCUUUGUUCUAUGGCGCAAAGAAACAAGAAAAUAUUCACAUUUAAGAAGCUGAAAAAUCCUUAAAAACUCUCGAAUCGAUGAAUCGAUUGUCAAAUUGUUGGCAGUUCAUUUAGUAAUCGAUGAAUCGAUUAAUCGAAACAAAAACCAAAAACUACCAGGGUAGUAGAACUGACGUUUUUAUUGAGCCGUAGCACAAACCCACUCAAAACCUUUCAAAUCAAAUUCAAACUGAGGAUUUAUCUUCCACGUUACACACUCAGGGUUUGAGUUGUCCCUCGAGAACGCGUCAUGAACAAAAACAGAAUAAAUCACUUCAGACUUGGAGAAAAAGGAUUGUUGAAGGAUUAUAUAAAAGUUAUCACAGCGUUUCCAAGUGUCAAGAUCUGGUGUGAGUUUGUUUUUGUGGAAUCAUUUGGGAAAUUCUUUUAAAAACAAUUAAAGAUUCACAGGCGGAAAUAAUCAUUUCCUCCUCAGGUGUGUGUUUUUAAAAUGUCUCUCGUUGUUGUGAUAUUAACUCUUUUUCUGCUAUAAACUCUUAUUAUAAUGCUCAUAUUAUGACCUAUGUUUAAUGUGUGUGUGUGUGUGUGUGUGUAUCGUUUAAACUACUAAAUGUUAUGUUCAUUUUCAGAAAAAUCAUGAAGGUGAUGUUUCUGCAGAUGUUUGUGAGCAACAUAAGUUAAAAUAAGUUCAAAGAAAAUGAAAAAAGUUGGAACUGAUACAAGACGACAUUACCGCUUAUAAUUCUGCUGCAAUUGUCUGUGUUUUGGUCUAAAACCAGAGCUUGUUUCACACUGACACUGUGACAUUUGUGUGCUUUUACAUUAUAUAUUCAAAAAAGAACUAUAAAUACUAUUAUUAUAGUUGUAUUUACAUUUUUAUUUAUAUGGGUAAGAGAUGGGAGAGAUGAUGUUUAUUUAACCCACACUUGACUUCUUAUUCAUUUGUGAUAUAAAUAUGCAGCUAUUUUAUUUUUAAAUAUACUUUUGUUGUAUUUAUAUGAAAUAGUGUCAAAGCUGUUGGUUCUGAUGGCAUGAAUCUGUCUUUUCUAAUGCGACUGCAGUGACCAGCGAUAGACGUUGUUAUUAACCUAGUUGUUACGGUAAAUGUACAUGUUCUGUGUGCUGUCCUGUAACGCGUUAUAGAAGCAGGAAAAUGCAAGAAAAAUCCUUGAAAUCAUUGGGAAAUCAUUAUAUUUUUGUGUCAUGAACCACAAUCUAUAAUCUAUAAUCACAUCAGUCUAACUAUGUAAUCACAUUUGUUUUAUUGACACAAAUACAGUUAUGUUUCACUCCUGUG